AUGAACCCAACACCAAAGCGGGACGAUCACUCAAUAGACAUUGGCAGACUAGAUAUAGAUUUCAUGGCACCUCCGCCUCCACCUCCGCCUCCACCUCCACCUCCACCACCUCCUCCUCCUCCUCCACCCCCUGUUGAGAAUGUCAUUGUUAAGCCAAUUGUGCCUGCUGAAGCAAGCUCAGGGAAGCCUUCUCGUAAGACUCAGAUCCCCUUCACUUCUGCCAGGUCGUUCACCAUUGCAUCACUUCAGCAAUAUACAAACAGCUUUUCUCAAGAAAAUCUUAUAGGAGGAGGCAUGCUGGGAAGUGUUUAUAGGGCGCAACUUCCUGAUGGAAAGCUUCUUGCUGUUAAGAAACUGGAUAAAAGGACUGCGGAGCAGCAGAAGGACCAUGAGUUUAUUGAAUUGGUUAACAAUAUUGAUCGGAUCCGACAUGCUAAUGUUGUUGAGCUCAUGGGUUACUGUUCAGAGCAUGGCCAAAGGCUUCUGAUCUAUGAGUAUUGCAGUAAUGGAUCUUUGCAAGAUGCACUACACUCAGAUGAUGAAUUUAAAAAGAAAAUUUCCUGGAAUGCCCGCAUUAGGAUGGCACUUGGAGCUGCUAGAGCCUUAGAGUAUUUGCACGAGGUCUGUCAGCCACCUGUCAUACACAGAAAUUUUAAGUCUGCCAAUGUUCUUCUUGAUGAAGAUCUUGAUGUGCGUGUCUCUGAUUGUGGUUUGGCUCCAUUAAUAUCAUCAGGGUCCGUAAGUCAG